AUGAGUGCAUCGGCCACAGUUGCCCGCCGGGCAGCCACGAGAACCCCCUUGUUAAGAAACGCCCAGGCCUUGUCGCGCGGCGUUACACCCAGCUUGAUGGCCAGGCAUAUCGGCCGUCAGUCACAGGUUUCGGCACUGGCACUGCUGAUUCCCAUGCGACAGGUCAGCACCGAGCAUCACCGACCUGACUCACAACAUUCUGGCCUGCCACCGGGUUUCAACGUCGACCAGGCUAAGAAACCGUUGCCGAAAGAGAACCCCGCCGUCGAGGCCAAGGACGUAGACGCCCAGAGCCCAACCGCAACCGCUGGCCAACCUGACACAACCCAGGCCGAGGCCGCCAUGACUGACUUGGCCGCCAAAAAAGAUGAUUUGGCACAGCAGAAGGAGGUGACCAAGGCGGAGAAGGAAGAGAAGAAGCUCACUAUAUGGCAAAAGGUUAAAAAAGAGGCCCAGCACUAUUGGGAUGGAAGUAAGCUGCUUGCUACAGAAGUCAAAAUUAGCUGGAGACUAGCGCUCAAGAUGGCUGCUGGCUACGACCUCACCCGCAGAGAACACAAGCAGCUGCGACGAACAGUCCAGGAUCUGGGCCGCCUUGUCCCAUUCAGCGUCUUCAUCAUUGUUCCACUUGGUGAGGCACUUCUGCCGUUGGCGUUGAAGCUGUUCCCCAACAUGCUGCCGAGCACAUUCGAGGGCCAAAAGUCCAAGGAAGCCAAGGCCACCGUCUUGCGAUCCACGCGAAAAGAAGUGAGCAGCUUUUUGCGACAGACUCUCAAGGAGACUGGUCUUCCUCUAAGCCAGGCAACGGCCCAGAAGGAGGAGUUCGCCAACUUCUUUCGCAAGGUCCGCUCCACUGGCGAAGCUCCCACCCACCAGGAUGUCAUCAAGGUCUGCAAGGUCUUCCGAGAUGACAUGACCCUUGACAACCUGUCUCGCCCCCAGUUGGUUUCCAUGUGCCGAUACAUGAACCUCAACACCUUUGGUACGGAUAUGAUGCUGCGAUAUCAGGUUCGCCAUCGCAUGAGACAAAUCAAGCGAGACGACAAGGCCAUCAGCUUCGAAGGUGUUGACAGUCUUACCGUCCUGGAACUGCAGAUGGCUUGCGCUGCUCGUGGUAUCAGGACUCACAGCGUGUCUCCUGCUCGCAUGCGAACCGACCUGCAGUCGUGGUUGGAUCUGCGUCUGAAGGAGGGCGUUCCGUCUACCUUGCUCGUCCUCAGCAAUGCGUACAUGUAUGGUCAGGGUUCUGGCGAAGGCUCAAGCCAGAUUGACGCUCUCAUCGGCGUACUUUCCUCCAUCCCCGAGGAGUUGUUCCACGAGAUCGAGCUCGAAGUCCACAACGCCGAAGGCGCCGCCACCAACAAACAGCGUCUCGAGGUUGUCAAGGAGCAGCAGGAGCUUAUCGAGGAGGAGAACGAACAGAACGAAGAAAGCCAGAGCACUGGCAUGGCCACACCCCGUGACGUUGAAGACAUUGACGAAAAGGAGGAGAGAAUCAUGCAUGCUGAAGCUGAGGGUGCUGACAAGAAGGCUGCCAGCGAAAUGGUCGAUGCUGAGCGCGAACAGGCUCAAGUAACCGAGCGACAGGCCAAGACCCAGUCCAACGCGGAGCAAAAGUGA